AUGAUUCACACUGAUCGCGUGCUCCCAGCCAAUCUCACUUCCUCCUCCUGGUCUCCUUCCUAUCGAUCACCCACUUUUGCCGCCCACGACCAGUUAGAAACCCUCAUCGCCCGACACGGUCACCCCACUCGGGUAUCCCUCUCCUCCCUCGAGGAAUUGACGGCCACCUCGUCGACAUAUAACCCCCCAUCUCCGUUCGGUCCUGUCUCUCCGGUCUCUGAGACCCCUGAUCGCUCGCUCUCUCGAUCUGUCUCGCGGCCGAUACCCAUCCCUAAACGCUCGUCCGUCUCCUACGACCCGGACAUUCCCGUCACUCCUUUGACUGGACGCUUCGAUAAAGGCUACUACUUCGCCCAUCGAGACGAACUCGCUCCCUCCUCUCGAGACAUCCCCCGACCUGGCACUCGCAGUGGUCGACGUCCCCGUCGUUCACGCCCUCUCACUUCCAGAAUGCGUUCUGACAACACCACCUUCUACGCCCCUGUCGUCUCGCCCUCCAUGUCCCCAACCAACACCCGCCCCGCCUCCCCUCAACCCUCCCGUUCGCGCCCUCAAAGCUCCGCCAAAUCCCUCCCCGCCUUCCACCUCGGGAGCCUGCCUCGCUUCCAUCCCGCCGUGUACCCGUCCUCCAGUACCUCCCAGAACAUUUCCUCCGCUCAGCCGCCAUCCCCUCGCCAGCCGCGUCAGGCGCUAUACCGUACGACCUCGGGAUCCCGAGACACCACCAUGUGGCAUUACCGAGACCUGAUGGAAGGGGUUACUCUGCCCAAGGCCCCCUCUCGCCCCCUGUCACCCGGUCCUUCCGCCCCUCGGCUGGAUCCCCUCCGCAGUCCAGGUCCCGUCACUCCGCUGACCCUGGAGGAAGCGAGCGGGUAUCUCGUUACCGGUGCAUCCCAGUCGGGGGAUCAGCAGUCUGGGCCGGCCCCGGAUCUGAUCGAACGGUUGAUCGCCCGGGAGAACGAGCGUCUGCGGCAACAGGCGAAGAAGAUCACUAAGACUCGGUGA